AUGGCUGGUGAUACCGUGGUCCAAUUAUUUGCGCUGUGUGCUAUAUCUUCAUUCUUUUACAUAUCUCAAACCUUCGAACGUCAUUCUCUAACUGAGAGCCCAAGACUUUCAUCAUUUCUUUUAUUUCUUCUCUCUGGCUUAAUUUGCUACGGAGUCAGUUAUAUCACCAAGUGGCUUCCUGGCGCAGAUGGACGUUUCACAUCGCAUCGUCGUCAAGGCUCGUUGCUUGACGGUGUACCCGACGGUGCUGCCAAGAACGAAAACACUCAUCUACCAGGACGGCCACGAAGGCUUUCACUCCCCAUACUUAUACUGUGCAUUGUUCUAAGGCUCGAAAUCUUUCACCGUGUAAACUAUCAGCAGCAAUGUGCAACUCCCGGCCUUGAAUCGUUCCUCUGUGUCCUUUUCUUCGCAUAUGAAAUCUUCACUUCUCGGAAGAAAUGGGGAUUUCCACCUCCGGAAGAUCCAGAUGAUCCUUGGCGCUCAUGCUUCGACGACUUGAUCGACUGGUUCAGUGGCCCCAGAGUUACACUUACUAUGGCAGUUUUCAGCAUCUUGGUUUUCUCUACAGGCACCUACCAUGCUAUCGGUCGGAUCACGCGCUCUACAUAUUAUUGUUUCGAACUGGUUGAGAGUAGGCGCAUGACCCUUGCUUUGCAGUGUAUGGGACUCAUGCUCGAUGUCAUCAUCGUGAUCCUCCUCUGGCGCUUGCUGGCUUGGUCCCGAACAGCUAAGCUUCGUUUGCGGACUCUGGGGACAGUCCUGACACUCUCGUCACUAUCGAUGAGUCUUGUGUGGGUCGGAAGCCGAAUCUUCAGGGGCUCAUCCGUGCUACAUGCUGGAUUUGGCUUCUUGUAUGGGUUUGAUAUCAUUGUCGACAGUGUCGCGUUCGCGGCGCUCAUGAUAUCGGCCACUUUCUGGGUAUGCGAAACUUCGCCGCUCACACCAGCCAGUAUUAUCACGUUUCUUGUGGGAACAGCGAAGGCCUGCCAUGACAUAUUCCAAUACGGAGACUACCUUCAUCCCAGGCGACUCCCCGAGAUCAUGCCUCUCUACAUGAUUGCUUUUGGAAUGAUCGCCUUCACUUACAGUCACGGUAUUCGCUCUGUUCUGUUCAUUCGACGCUUCUUUCUUCUGGCUCUUCUAGUUGGCCUCGCCAUGGGGACUACCGUGUUCAUUGCCAAAUCAAAACCACAGACCUUUGUGCGCCACCCUAUCAAUGACUUCAUCUACAGGGCCAACAUGAGACAGGGCCGCUGGAUGCAGGAGGCAACAAUAAGUAACAGUUUCCCCGUCGCUCACAAGAUCUACAAGGAGCGUCACGAUGGUCGCGAUCCCCCUCCGGCCUUCGCGGACUGGUAUGAACUUGCUAAACACACUGUUGUGAUUGACCGGUUUGAUCAGAUUGAUCGAGACUUGGCGCCGUUCAAAGCCAUUUCGCCACGAAAGCUGCGACAGCGCACCUCUUUGGUAUCUCAAAUGCCCGGUGUUCAUGUUAUUGGUAUAAAGAAUGGCAACGCAUCAAGACUCCCUGAAGUCAGUGGGCAUGAUGCAGAGUUGCUAGAUAGCCUAGUGGCUACCAUAAACAAGUUUUCAAAAUUCUUGCCUGACAUGCUCUUCCCCAUCAACCUGAGUCCUUCUCCACGAGUUCUCCCAUCGUGGGAAACUGCCAAUGGGCAGAGCAGGGCGGAUUUGACCCCGAUAGUCAAUCUCAUCUCAAAAAGGUCGGUUGAGGAAGGCUCCCUUGACGGCGCAGGUGCGAAACCUGCGGAGACCCCCGUUUCCAAGCCCUUGCCCGCAUUGCCUAAAUCUCCUCAAACGGAUCAUCAAUCCACAAUAUCUCCAGCCAACUAUCGCCAGAUGCAAGUUGAAGGAUGUCCUCCAGGCUCAAGGACCCGAACCAGCCCUCACUGGAACAUCGGCGAGUUUUGCGCUGACUGUGUACGGCGACAUUCGAAGGCGCAGGUAAUGGUCAAUUGGGAGAGGUCCCUAGAGUACUGCUUCCAGCCUGACCUCAAGUACCUUCAUGGGAUGUCUCUCUCAAGUCCUCAUGCAGAGCCCUUCAGGGACUUACUACCCCUCUUUGGACCAUACAAGUCAGAACCCUUCAUGGAUAUCUUGAUCCCUCUGCCGCAGCCUGAGGACGAUAAGGCCGAUAUCAGCUGGAACUUUGAUCGCCGGUACGACUCCAUGUUCUGGCGAGGUCAAACUGGCGAUGGAUACAUUCCAAAUCAAGCUUUGCGAGGUAACCAUAAGUUUCGACUCCUCCACAUGAUGGGUAACAGAAACCCGGAAGACAAGGUCUCGAUGAUUCUCCCAUCAGCCAAAGACCCAUCUGUAUAUCAGCACGAGAAAGUCCCUAUUGCAGAAGCAAAUCUCGUUGCGCCUACAAGCAUCGGCAUGAAUGACUACACAGGCUGCAAAGGCCUCAAUUGUGAAAUUCUCCUGCAAGCAUAUCCCAUUGUCGAGGAAUCUAAGGACCAGGAGCCUCUUGAAUACCGGUAUAUCCUUCUCUUGGAUCAGGAUAAUGGGCCCUCACCAGACCUCCUCCGCGUGCUCCGCUCAAAGAGUGUACCUCUCAUCUCUACCCUCUUCCGGACGUGGUAUAGCGAUCGCCUGAUCCCGUGGCUACACUUCGUGCCCAUUGACACGCGUUAUCAGGGUCUGCACACCACAUUAACGUACUUUACCGGCACGCACAAUAAAGCGCACAUCAACGGGCGUGACACCGACAUGAAGGCGCAGGCAAAGGACGCAGCAUGGAUCGCUCAGCAAGGUGCCAAGUGGGCGAAGGAAGCACUGGGCGAAAAGGACAGGGAAGUAUAUCUCUUCAGGUUGAUGCUUGAAUGGGCGAGAUUGGUUGAUGACAAGCGUGAUGACAUCGGGACAGUCAAAAACGACAAGGGCGAAUUUCAAAGCUUGCCUUGGACAAAAGACCAAAGCUGGCAAUUGUAA